GGAGCGCGCGACUGAGCCAGCAGCUGGAGCAGCUAGGGAGCGGCCGAGGGGCCGGUGGGCGCACUCCGCCAUGGAGGCCGUGCCUCGCAUGCCCAUGAUCUGGCUGGACCUGAAAGAGGCUGGUGACUUCCACUUCCAACCGGCCGUGAAGAAGUUUGUCCUGAAGAAUUAUGGAGAGAACCCAGAAGCCUACAAUGAGGAACUGAAGAAGCUGGAGUUGCUCAGACAGAAUGCUGUCCGUGUCCCACGGGACUUUGAGGGCUGCAGCGUCCUCCGCAAGUACCUAGGCCAGCUCCAUUACCUGCAGAGUCGGGUCCCCAUGGGCUCAGGCCAGGAGGCCGCUGUUCCCGUCAACUGGACUGAGAUCUUCUCAGGCAAGUCUGUGGCCCAUGAGGACAUCAAGUACGAGCAAGCCUGCAUUCUCUACAACCUCGGGGCACUGCACUCCAUGCUGGGGGCCAUGGACAAGCGGGUGUCCGAGGAGGGCAUGAAGGUCUCCUGUACUCACUUCCAGUGUGCAGCGGGCGCCUUUGCCUACCUGCGUGAGCACUUCCCUUACGCCUACAGCGUUGACAUGAGUCGCCAGAUCCUCACGCUCAAUGUCAACCUCAUGUUGGGCCAGGCGCAGGAGUGUCUUCUGGAGAAGUCGAUGCUGGACAACAGGAAGAGCUUCCUGGUGGCCCGCAUCAGCGCACAGGUGGUGGAUUACUACAAGGAGGCCUGUCGGGCCUUGGAGAACCCCGACACCGCCUCGCUGCUGGGCCGGAUCCAGAAGGACUGGAAGAAACUGGUGCAGAUGAAGACCUGCUACUUCGCGGCUGUGGCUCAUCUGCACAUGGGGAAGCAGGCUGAGGAGCAGCAGAAAUUCGGGGAGCAGGUCGCAUACUUCCAGAGUGCCCUGGACAAGCUCAACGAAGCCAUCAAGUUGGCCAAGGGCCAGCCCGACACCGUGCAGGAUGCGCUUCGCUUCGCUAUGGAUGUCAUUGGGGGAAAGUACAAUUCUGCCAAGAAGGACAAUGACUUCAUCUACCAUGAGGCUGUCCCAGCUCUGGACACCCUUCAGCCUGUGAAAGGCGCCCCCUUGGUGAAGCCCUUGCCAGUGAACCCCACGGACCCAGCUGUUACAGGCCCUGACAUCUUCGCCAAACUGGUACCUAUGGCUGCGCAUGAAGCCUCGUCGCUGUACAGUGAGGAGAAGGCCAAGCUGCUUCGGGAGAUGAUGGCCAAGAUUGAGGACAAGAACGAGGUCCUGGACCAAUUCAUGGAUUCAAUGCAGCUGGACCCUGAGACGGUGGACAACUUGGACGCGUACAGCCACAUCCCACCCCAGCUCAUGGAGAAGUGUGCGGCGCUUAGCGUCCGGCCCGACACUGUCAGGAACCUCGUCCAGUCCAUGCAGGUGCUGUCCGGGGUGUUCACGGAUGUGGAGGCGUCCCUGAAGGACAUCAGGGACCUGCUGGACGAGGAUGAGCUGCUAGACCAGAAGUUUCAGGAUGCCGUGGGCCAGGCGGGGGCCGGCACGGCGGUGUCCAAGGCAGAGCUGGCGGAGGUGCGACGAGAAUGGGCCAAGUACAUGGAGGUCCACGAGAAGGCCUCCUUCACCAACAGCGAGCUGCACCGCGCCAUGAACCUACACGUCGGCAACCUGCGCCUGCUCAGCGGGCCACUGGACCAGGUGCGGGCUGCCCUGCCCACGCCAGCCCUCAGCCCAGAGGACAAGGCUGUGCUGCAGAACCUGAAGCGCAUCCUGGCCAAGGUGCAGGAGAUGCGGGACCAGCGUAUGUCUCUGGAGCAGCAGCUGCGGGAGCUCAUCCAGAAGGAUGACAUCACCGCCUCGCUGGUCACUACAGACCACUCAGAGAUGAAGAAGCUGUUCGAGGAGCAGCUGAAGAAGUACGACCAGCUGAGGGUGUACCUAGAGCAGAACCUGGCGGCCCAGGACAACGUCCUCCGGGCCCUGACAGAGGCCAAUGUGCAGUAUGCGGCCGUGCGGCGGGUGCUCAGUGAUGUGGACCAAAAGUGGAACUCCACGCUGCAGACCCUGGUGGCCUCAUUUGAAGCCUAUGAGGACCUGAUGAAGAAGUCCCAAGAGGGCAAGGACUUCUAUGCAGACCUGGAGAGCAAGGUCGCCGCUCUCCUGGAACGGGCACAGUCCAUCUGCCAGGCUCGGGAGGCUGCCCGCCAGCAGCUCCUGGACAGGGAGCUGAAGAAGAAGCCGCCACCACGGCCCACAGCCCCCAAGCCCCUGCUGCCCCGCAGGGAGGAGGGUGAGGCGGAGCUCGGAGACCCGCCCGAGGAGCUGCGCAGCCUGCCCCCCGACGCCUUCCUGGGGACCGCCACCGCGCUCCACUUCCCUGCUGGCCCCUUCCCCACCUCCGCGGGCCCAGGACCCCACUACAUCUCAGGCCCCUUACCCCAUGCCUACUCAGGCCCCACCCCGAUGUUGCAGCCCAGGGUCCCCCAGCCCCCAGGGCACCCCGCCAUGGCCAUGGCCUCUGGACCUGCCGUCUACCCUGCCCCUGCCUACGCACCAGAGCUGGGCCUGGUGCCCCGCUCUUCCCCGCAGCAUGGCAUGGUGAGCAGUCCCUAUGGGGGAGUAGGGCCACCCCCACCAGUUGCAGGUCUGCCCUCUGCUCCACCUCCCCAGUUCUCGGGCCCUGAGUUGGCUAUGGGGGUUCGGCCAGCCACCACCACAGUAGAUAGUGUGCAAGCGCCCAUCUCCAGCCACACAGCACCGCGGCCGAACCCCACCCCUGCUCCACCCCAGCCGUGCUUCCCAGUGCCCCCACCACAGCCACUGCCUUCACCCUACUCCUACCCCUUAGUGCCCAAGCAGCCCCUCCCAGCACCCCCAGCCCAGCACCACUUUCCUCCUGGGAUCCCCGCAGGUUUUCCAGCCCCAGGGAUUGGGCCCCAGCCCAGACCCCAGCUGCAUCCCCCACAGGCGGCGUUCAGGCCCCAGCACCCCCAGCAGCCCCUUCCCCUCCAGCAUCCGCACCUGUUCCCGCCCCAGGCUCCAGGACUCGUGCCGCCCCAGCCCCCCUAUUCCUUUGCCCCUCAGCCUGGUGUCCUGGGGCAGCCAACACCCCCCCUACACACCCAGCUCUACCCAGGCCCCACUCAGGACCCCCUACCAUCCCACCUGGCAUAUGGCCCUGCCCCCUCCCCCAGGCCCCUGGGCCCCCAGGCAGCCCCUCUCUCCAUUCGAGGCCCCUCACCUGCUGGCCAGGCCACCCCCAGUCCCCACCUGGUGCCUUCACCUGCCCCAUCACCAGGGCCUGGCCCGGUACCCCCUCGGCCCCCUGCAGCACAGCCACCGCCAUGCCUGCGCCGGGGCCCUGCAGCUGCAGACCUGCUGUCCUCCAGCCCGGAGAGCCAGCAUGGCGGCACUCAGCCUCCUGGGGGAGGGCAGCCCCUGCUGCAGCCGACGAAGGUGGACGCGGCCGAGGGCCGGCGGCCACAGGCCCUGCGGCUGAUUGAGCGCGACCCCUACGAGCACCCUGAGAGGCUGCAACAGUUGCAGCAGGAGCUGGAGGCCUUUCGGGGCCAGCUGGGUGACGCUGGUGCUCUGGACGCUGUUUGGCGGGAGCUGCAAGAAGCCCAGGAGCAUGACGCCCGCGGCCGCUCCAUCGCCAUCGCCCGCUGCUACUCGCUGAAGAACCGGCACCAGGACGUCAUGCCCUAUGACAGCAACCGCGUGGUGCUGCGCUCAGGCAAGGACGACUAUAUCAAUGCCAGCCGCGUGGAGGGCCUCUCGCCGUACUGCCCACCUUUGGUGGCCACCCAGGCCCCUCUGCCCGGCACAGCCGCCGACUUCUGGCUCAUGGUGCACGAGCAGAAGGUGUCGGUCAUUGUCAUGCUGGUGUCUGAGGCUGAGAUGGAGAAGCAAAAGGUGGCCCGCUACUUCCCCACCGAGAGAGGCCAGCCCAUGGUGCACGGUGCCCUGAGUCUGGCACUGAGCAGUGUCCGCACCACCGAGACCCAUGUGGAGCGGGUGCUGAGCCUGCAGUUCCGGGACCAGAGCCUCAAGCGCUCGCUUGUGCACCUCCACUUCCCCACGUGGCCCGAACUAGGCCUGCCCGACAGCCCCGGCAACCUGCUGCGCUUCAUCCAGGAGGUGCACGCGCACUACCUGCACCAGCGGCCCCUGCACACGCCCAUCGUCGUGCACUGCAGCUCUGGGGUGGGCCGCACGGGAGCCUUCGCUCUGCUGUACGCGGCUGUGCAGGAGGUGGAGGCCGGGAACGGGCUCCCGGACCUGCCGCGGCUGGUGCGGCACAUGCGGCAGCAGAGGAAACACAUGCUGCAGGAGAAGUUGCACCUCAGGUUCUGCCAUGAGGCAGUGGUGACACAUGUGGAGCAGGUCCUGCAGCGCCAUGGCGUGCUCCUGCCGUGCAAGCCCGUGGCUGGCACAGGCCUCAUCCAGAAGAAUCACCUUCCUCAGGACUCCCAGGACCUGGUCCUCGGUGGGGACGUGCCCAUCAGCUCCAUCCAGGCCACUAUUGCCAAGCUCAGCAUCCGGCCUCCUGGGGGCCUGGAGUCGCCAGCUGCCAGCCUGCCAGGCCCUGUGGAGCCCCCAGGCCUACCACCAGCCAGCCUCCCGGAGUCGACCCAGCUCCCAUCCUCGUCCCCACCCCCUCUCUCUUCACCCCUGCCAGAGCCCCCCCAGCCUGAGGAGGAGCAGCCAGUCCCUGAGGCGCCCAACCUGGGACCCCCCUCCUCCUCCCUGGAGCUGCUGGCCUCCCUCACCCCUGAGGCCUUCUCGCUGGACAGCUCCUUGCGAGGAAAGCAGCGGAUGAGCAAGCAGAACUUCCUGCAGACCCACAAUGGGCAGGGCCUGCGGGCCGCCCGGCCCUCUGACGACCCCCUCAGCCUUCUGGAUCCACUGUGGACACUCAACAAGACCUGACCAGGCUGUGCCCACCUGGUCCUUACACUACAUCAUCUCCUGCCGUGCCCAGGAGGGCCUCGAGGUGGGCCUGGUUUCCUCCUCCCAUUCCUGCUGCCUUCAGCCCUCCCUGGUUCGGCCCACACCCCUGUGGGGUGGAGCUGUAUCGCGGGCCUUGGGUCACAUUCUGCUCCUUUGUGGGACCUGACAUUUUUCAGCUCUUUGCUGUUGAAUAAACCAACCUGUUCUGUGGCCA